CUCCAUAUUUCAACAAAAUUCAAGAUGUCGGCGGACGAAGACACUGAACUGCGCGACCUUGUCGCUCAAACUUUGGAAACCAACGGUGUUCUGGGCAAAAUCAGGGCACAGCUGAGAGCAAGUGUCUUCCUUGCCUUAGAAGAACAGGGGGCCUUAGAGAGCAAGUCUCAGUUGGUCAACCAAGACCUGAAGAAGUUUCUCAACACCAAGGAAGGUCGUAUGGUGGCAGCGCUGGUUCGAGAGUUCCUCAUCCACUUCAACCUGGACUACUCACUGGCAGUCUUCGACCCGGAGACCAACUUUGGAGAGAAGUAUGAAGGACGCGAUGCCCUUGCAAGAGAGCUCAACAUUCUGGAGUCUGACGAUUCCUCGCGGCUCCCCCUACUGACCGAAGUGGUGAAGCGCAUGAGCAGUAGUGGGGCCAAGGGUCGAUCAUUAGCAAGUCCAGAGACGGGAGAUGUUCGCUACAUGGUUCCUAAGGACCUGACAGCAAAGCAGGUUGAGGAUGCCAAGAAGAAGUUCAACAAAUAUGAUGCGGACAAGAACGGGUACAUAGACAAAGAUGAGAUGAGACAACUGUUCCUGGACAUGUUUCCUCACUUCAACAGAAACAUGUUGGACAGAUAUGUCAAUGAUGAGUUCAGAGCACAGGACAAAGACUUCAGCAACACUAUAGACUUUGAUGAGUUUCUGGGGAUGUACAAGAGAUUAUUUGUCCUGUGCAGGAGUGUGGUAGCCUCGGAUGUGUCUGACAUCACCCUAUCCUCUCCCAGGGUCUCAUCACCUGAUAAUAAGAGCAGCUUCACUAAGGUUGACAAAAAUGCAGUGGAGGCUAAGAACAGGAAGAACCAGGAAGUGAAACAGGCCUCGGGACGGUCCACUGACUUCAGAGGGGACGAUUUUGACCUGGAUGAUGAUUUCUUUGACAAGCCUGUCCCAUCUGAGAACAAGUUCAAGUUUUCAAGCGACAACAAAGACAAGGACUCUGGCUUCUCCUCUGCUGCUAAAUCUGACAAGAAGCCGACAGGCGGAGCGGCAAGCAGUGGCCUGUCUUCAUUAAGUGGAGCCCCCUCAUUGGCUGGAACUGGGAAGGGCUCGCUAACAACCUCCCCUUUGUCAAGUCUAAAAGAGGGGGGGAACAGAUCCCCGGACUGGAGAGACCUGGAAGCCAUAGACAACAAGAUCAAGGAUUUAGGAUUUGAAGUGCCAAAUGAUGAUGAUGACUAUGAAGAUGACUUUGCAAGCCAAAGUCAGAGCCAGAGCGGGGCCCAUUCAGUGAGUGAGGAGAUAGAGGAAGAAAUUUCCAUAGAGGCAGAUGACUUACUCAACGAUAGUCAGGAGAAGUUUGAUGACUUAACAGAGGACAGAACAGUGUCUCAGGCCAGCGUGGGUGGGUUUGACUAUGCUGAGGAUGUCCAACUGUCCUUAACACCGUAGUAUUCGUAUACCGGACUAACUGUCCAGGUAAACGUUCCAACAUUGAGCCAUAUCCAAGAAUCAUUGACAAAGGUAUUCUUGUCAAGCAUUGCAGGAGUUCUGAACAACUGCAACAGAAUUUGCAGUUCUAGUUGACAUUACUGUUCCAAAAAUCUUAUAGAGCUUUAAUAGUGAUACAGGAAAUACUGAUACGGAACCUAAUAGGUAAAUUAGAGAAAAUUCCUUAAGAUUUUAGCAUUUUUGGACAUAAAUGUCUAUAAUGUUGUCAAGAAUGUGUAUCAUAUAUGUACAUGUGUGCUGUUACAAUAGGAGUCCUAUAGAUAAUUUCAAACGUGGCCUUACAAUGUUUAAGGAGCAGGCACAAUGGUAAUAUGUACAGCAAGGACAACUUCACAGACAGUGGGCUCUAGAUGACUGUUCUUUACAAUGUAUGUGCAGUUACUUUUUAAUACUCCUUUUAGUAGUUACCGUAACUUUUAUCAGUUAAGGAUCAUGCCUGUUAUUAACCUUUACCACUACUUUUGGUCUAGUUAUAGUCAAUCCUGAUCAACUGUCCAACAGUUUGUACUUGCAGUUUUCUGGCAUAUCAAAACAAGUAAUCUUUGAUUGCAGUUUUUCUUCUGAUGUGGUGGACUUUUGUGCAUUUGUGUAUUUUAACUUACCAUAUCAUAGAGUGAUUUCUUGCUUUUGAAUGCAGUCAAGUUUUUAUGGAACCUGUUACUGUCAGUGUACAUGCGUUGUAUCAUUCUUAUUGUACAUAACAUGGAUUAAAAUGAUUGUAUUGAA